UGGUCGUUUUGACGUGACUGUGUGCAAUCGAGCAUCAUCCCUCCGGCUCCGACUCUCGUUAUAGUAACAUGUAUUUUAUGUAUAUUCUCUGUUAACUUAUUUAAUAAUAAUAUUUAUACCUUGCUAGCGCAACAUACCUACUUGACGAACAUAGAGAUUGGAACUAUAUCAUAAAAGUAAAAUAUUGGCUACGGUUAUACGAGAUUUUUCAGCUCAACGUUACUACUUAAUACUUACUACUACUGUGUGCUGCUCGUUAGAGUAAAAGUGUUCUGUGGUGAACUGGGAGUUCAUCUUCACAUGAGUUUUUAUUAUUAAGUUGAGGAUUUUUUAUCAACAUUACGCUUUACCAUACAGCUCUAGGUAUUAACGCAUAUUACCGUCAAAUCUCAACGCAACAUGGCACAGAAAACAUUGACGUUUGUCACUGGAAAUAUUAAAAAAUUGGAAGAAAUCAAAGCUAUUUUGGGCAAUAGCUUUCCUCUAGAUGUUACCAAUUAUAAAUUAGACUUACCAGAAUUGCAAGGUGAGAUUGAUGAAGUUUCGAUUAAAAAAUGUCAAGAAGCUGCUCGUAUUUUAAAUAAACCUGUGGUAGUUGAAGACACUUCUCUAUGUUUUAAUGCAUUAAAAGGCUUACCAGGUCCCUACAUUAAAUGGUUUUUGGAAAAAUUGAAACCUGAAGGCUUACAUAAACUUCUAACAGGUUGGGAAGAUAAAUCUGCUGAGGCAGUUUGUACUUUUGCAUACUCUUCAGGCAUUGAAGGGGAUGUGCAACUGUUUCAAGGUAAAACUUCUGGCACCAUUGUAUACCCAAGGGGCACAAGAGACUUUGGUUGGGAUUGUAUAUUCCAACCUGAUGGUUAUGACAAAACAUAUGGUGAACUAUCAAAGGAGGAGAAAAAUAAGAUAUCACAUAGGUACAAAGCUUUAGAUAAGUUAAAGACUCAUUUCAUUGAAAACAUCUGAAAACUUUAUAAUUUUUAAUGUUAUAUCUUAAAAUGUUCCUAUUAUUUUGUAACUAAAUGAAUGUACACAGUAAAAUGCCUAUGAUAAUAUAUGUGUUAUAUAAAGUUACAUAA